UGAAGCUUUAAACCAAUGAGCUCGGACACGUUGUUUCUGCUUCGACCUGUGCGGUUUCUGCUCAGUGAUGCGCUCAGAACGAACCAGCAUCCGUGUGACUCGACUAUAGUUUGUUGCGUAAGGACACGAAUGAUUUGAUUCGCUGUUUGAAUUGAGACGUUAAAUAUGACCCGCCUCUUGUGGGCCCUGGUCCCAGGCGAACUCACCUGCUCCAACUAGAAAGUCCAGUUUCUCCAGCGAGUCUCAGAGAACAGCAGCGAGUGGUGGAGGCAGCAUGGACAGUAAACGGCUGGUGGUGGUACCAAACGAAGCGGCGACCCCCUCGGGCAGGGUGUUUAGCAGUGAUGAUGAGGUGUGGAGGGGCUACCUGGAGAACCCUCUGACUGCCGCCACUAAGGCCAUGAUGAGCAUCAAUGGGGACGAGGACAGCGCAGCAGCUCUGGGACUGCUCUAUGACUACUACAAGGUUCCUAGAGAAAGGAAACUCGCAGCCAGUUGUGUAAAACCCACAGACCCCUCUGCUCUUGGGCCCAAUAGCUGUGGUAACUUGGAAAUACUAGAUCAGCAUCUUCAGGCUCUUAGAUGCAUGCCUGUCAACCUCUCUCUAAACAACAGCACCACCAUACAACACCAGGGCUCCAAGUACGGAGCUACUGGCCUUACAGGAGGCACCAGAGGAGGAGAUGGUAAAAGUGAAGGUGGGGUAUCUUUUGCUCUGGUCAAGACAGAGGGACAGAAGCCCAUGAGAGUGUCCUCCUAUCCAGCAGAAACUGAAGAGCAUAGAGAGAUGGUUUACAAACAGAGCUGCUAUGAUUUGUCCUUGUCUGGAUACUUGAAAGAUGAAAGGAGAAGCACGCCAGACAGCACAUAUGAGGAAGCUGUGGAAGGAGAGAUGUACCAGAAAAAUCCCUCGUCAGGACCUGAUGAAUCCCACUGGAUUCAACCUGGUGACAGUUUCCAGUACAAUCUGGAGGCCAACAUGUCGCUGCGACAGGGAGAGGGACCCAUGGCUUACCUCAACCGGGGCCAGUUCUAUGCUCUGACCCUGUCUGAGGCCACCUUCAGUUCAACCCAACGUCAGCACAGAGGCAAAGUGCGGGUGAGUCGACCGUCACCUUCACAGGGGCCUGCUGGGAGCCUACGCAGUAGUGAGCAAUGCACCAUGGGAGGCUCUGAGCUGCAGUGGGACAGUACUGUACAGAGUGUCGUCAUGGUUGUCUUUGGGGAAGACAAGUGCAGAGACGAGCAGCUGAAGAAUUGGAAAUACUGGCACUCCCGUCAGCACACUGCCAAACAGAGGGUCCUGGACAUUGCCGACUACAAGGAGAGUUUCAGUACAAUUGGGAAUGUGGAGGAAAUUGCCUACAAUGCUGUCUCUUUCACAUGGGACGUCAGUGAAGAAGCCAAGGUCUUUAUCUCUGUGAACUGUCUGAGCACAGACUUCUCCUUGCAGAAGGGUGUGAAAGGGAUGCCCCUGAUCAUCCAGAUCGACACCUACAGCUAUAACAGCUGCAGCAGCAGACCCAUCCACAGGGCCUUCUCCCAGAUCAAGGUUUUCUGUGACAAGGGUGCUGAGAGGAAGCUUCGUGAUGAGGAGAAGAAACAUCUCAGAAAGAGGGUGAAAGGGAAAAAUGGCAGCUCGGGGCCAACCGCUAACAUUAAAAUGCCUGACUGCACGCUGUUCAAAGCCAUGACUGACCUGGACUCCCAGCCUGUCCUCUUCAUUCCUGACGUCCACUUUGGAAACCUGCAGAGAGCAGGGCAGGUGUUUGCUUUGAACACAGAGGAGGUGGACAGAGAUGGGACUGUUGUGGUGAAGAGGAUGUCCUGUGUUGCUGAGGAGGCUGUCUGUCCCCCUCAAUCUAAGAAGUCCAGAGUAGACCAUGGAAGGAAAGUUCUCCUGUAUGUGAGGAAGGAGUGUGAUGAAGUGUUUGAUGCCUUAAUGCUGCACACCCCAACACUCAAAGCACUGAUUGAGGCAAUCUCAGAGAAAUAUGCACUGCCUGUCGACAAGACGGCCAAAGUUUACCAAAAAAGCAAGAAAGGGGUCCUAGUGAACAUGGAUGACAACAUCAUCCAACAUUAUUCCAACGAGGACACCUUCACCCUGGCCAUCGAGAGCUCUGCAGACUCCUUGCGUGUGACUCUGUCGGAGAUCUGACAGUUGUUUGUCGCAGCGCUGUAUUCAUCAGUCAGACAGAGGUGAUCAGUGUUGUGUGAAGCCAUGCCAUGUGUAAUUAUUGAGUGAUAUGAGUGUUAGAUGACAGCGCCAUCAUCAUGGUAACAAACAUUUCUGUACUCCUCACCUGCUGGAGUACGUGUCGACAACCUGCAAUAGGAAGACAGGCUUGACUAUUAAAAACUCAUGGAUCUGUUUUUAGGUGGGAAGAAUCUUUUGAUCUUUCCUGUAUACCAAGCUUCACAAGUUUUCACUAGCUUCACUUCCUGACACUUCUUGUCUGUCUGUGACUGAGAUAUCACCGUAAAGCAUCCAUCCAGCCAAUUUGCUGUGGUUUCACAGGAAGGGGACAGUUGUUAUUAAAUUAACAGCAGGGAUGCUGCUGUUUGUUCCCUCUGCUCUUCUUCCUCUCACAUCUUUCACCAGGAAGCUUUUUAAUGACUUGACCGGUUUGUUAUUUGCUGAAAGUCAUCUGUUCAAGGUAACAGCUAAUUGUUUUAUAUGUUUAUAAUUAUUUCUCAACAUGUCUUGAAAGUGAAAUUUUUUUAUCUUUAUUGGUUUUCCAUCUUUGUGAUUCAUUUGUUCAUAUUUUUAUAUAUGUUGAUUAGUUUUCUUUCCAUUUGCUGCCAGUGAAACAAGGGUUAUGACAGGUUGCGAUUACAUGCUGAUGUCUCAUGGCCCAUAAAUUACAUCAGGCAUCAUAAUGGAACGAGGCUGCAGGUUUCCUGGAUGCUGUAAAAUUGUUAAGCUCCCUCUGUGUGCUGUGUUCAUUGCUUUGUCUCUCCCUGAAGAGGCUGCAGUCAUGUUUAUGACAUCAGUUUUGUAGAUAUAAACAAACCUUGUCCAAGGCAACUGUGGGACAUCAGAGCUUCAGUCUUAACUGCUCUGUCCCUGUUUAUACCUGAUUCACCCACAGCUUCUCCAUCCUCCACAUGCCUCAUGAUCUGUGAUGUAUUUUAAAUGAGCCAAUAAAUAAUUUUAUAUGUA